UGCAGCACACAGAAUGCAGCUCUGGGAGCGCAUAAAUAAAUAAAGUUACUCGAAUUGUUGGCCAGCGGCUGCGUUUAUUUUUGUUGCGGUCAAAUGUAAAUAUGAAGUGUGAAUCUCUAAUUGCAUAUACCAAGCAAUACAAAUCGUUAAAUAUUUAUGAAAAUUGACAAGAUCGCGUUUUGUUACUGGCCAAUUGAAUACGCAAACGAGAAGCAUCGGCAACGGGCCUCAACAGAAUGGAUGUUGAAAUACCUGUUUUGGCUGGAUAUCUUAAUGUUCCAACACAAACUGGAUUUUCGCUAAAUCGUAUCUCGAAAAAGAAAUCAUGCAGUCGCUAUUGUCUCCUAUUCAAGGCCAGUCGCCAUGGCAUCGCACGCCUGGAGAUUUGCGAGAAUAAAGAUGACAAGAAUCCAAAGAUCUUCACCCUUGAGAAUUGCGUUAAGAUCACACAGGAGCCGCCGCCAGCGAAUCUCAUACAGAUUGUCAAGCGGAAUGGUCAGCUAACCCUCAAUACGAACAGCGAUGAGGAGCUCAAGGAUUGGGUGACUGCACUGCAAACGGUCGCCUUUUGCGACAAUAGCGGCCUCCAUGCCGCCCACGGUGCCAUCGAGGAGGACAAUGAUCUAUAUUGCAGCUCAUUUGACGGUUUGUUUAUUAUAACGCUGAUACCCUCGGAGGCGUCCAUUCGGUGCAACAUCGAGCCGCGCACAUAUAUGCUGCAGAUGACGCCAACGGAACUGCAGCUGAAAUCGGAGGAUCUGAAUGUGACAAUUGCCAUGUGGCCGUAUCGAUUCAUACGCAAAUAUGGCUAUCGGGAUGGCAAAUUUCAGUUUGAGGCGGGACGCAAGUGUACAACGGGCGAGGGCGUCUUUACGCUCGAUCACACCAAUCCGCAGGAGGUCUUCCGCUGCAUGUCCGCCAAAAUGAAGUCCAUGAAGAAGCUGAUCAGCGGCGACAGCCUGAGCAGCAUUGAAUGCGGCGAGAAUCAGUUCAGUGCCGCCGCCUGCAUGGAGCCCGGCUCGCGCAGUCCGCUGCCACCAUCGCCAUCGAGUAAUCCGCAUGCCGGCGAAUUCGAGAUCAAUUCCACGCAGAGCUGCAUAUCGCUGCGCGGCUUCAUCAGCUCAAAUGAUUCGCUCAAUAAUUUUUCGGCCAACAGCAGCGCCGGCACCGGCACCGGAGCUGCCAACAGCAUCAGCCUGUCUGUCUCAUCGCAGGCCGCCGCCGCAGCCGCCGCCGCCGCCGCUGCGGCCGUUGGCAAACACAUUCCCAAUAAGCCGCCGCGCAAGCUGCCAACGCCGUUGGAGAAACUGAAUGUGGUGAGCCCGACGGCGACGGGUCUGCUGACUGGCCAAACUCAAUGUGAUAAAUAUAAGAAUCUUGUGAAAUAUGAACCGGUUGCCAUAACAUCAUCAUCGCCCUCGGAUGCCAACAGCAAGAACAGCGGCUCGGCUGUGAUACUGAAGCCGGCAUCGCCGGAUCCGUUGCGUGGCAGUCCGCCGGAUUUGCCGCUGCGCAAUGAGAGCUGCGGCAAGCAGCUGUCGCUGGAGCGCGACUACGAGUCCAUUGAGAACAUAACCGAUGCCUGGAAGACGCGCGGCGUUGGCGAUGUGCGCCACUGCGAGCGCAUACCCGCCCUUAGCUGUGACAGCGAUUUUGUGCGCCAGCGUUCGUUCGCGCAGCGCGACAAGCGCAAGGAUCUGAGCACCAGCACCUGCAGCAGCACCCCCAAAAUUAUUGACAUUGAUAUUGGUGAGGGCGUCGGUGUGGGCGUGGGCGUGGGCGUCGGUGUACUGAUCUCGCCGGAUGCCAAUUACGAUCGAUUGGACUUUCUGUCGCCAAACAAUAAAACCUCCAGCGGCUACAAGACAAUUGUGAAUGUAACGCUGCCCACGAAUCGCAUGCGCAGUCCGCCGCCGCCGAACGAAUAUGAACUGAUUGCUAGUCCAGAUACUGAAAGUUUUCGCAAGGCCGAUGACAGUCAUCUUGGCUAUGGGGUCCUGCGCAAGUCCACCAAUAAUACUGCCAGCAGCAACAACAACAACAACAGCAGCAAUAACAAUAAUAAUCUUAUUAAUAACAAUAAUACUAAUAACAACAACAACAAUACACUGCCCGCCACUAACAACAGCAACAACAACAACAACAAUGCAGCUGGCACUGGCCACUGUGCCACGCCCACAACGAACAAGAGCAACAACGAUGCCGCCCUCGAUCAUCGCAAUUACAACGGACUCAACUACACGAUCGUCAGCAAGCCGAAGCGCGUAUGAGAGCGAGACGGGCAAGCGCCAGAGAGAGGAAGUGAGAGAGAGAGAACACAGACAGCUACAUAGAUAGUUAGACAGAGAAAGCGAGAGAUAGAGCGAGAGAGAGAGAGAGAACAGAGCACAAGAAUUCUCAUUUAGAAAACGAACAAAAAAUUGAUAAAGCACAUAGAAAGAGAGAGAGACAGAGGCAGAGGCAGAGAGUGAGAGUUACAGACAGUGGAUAGAGAGAGAAAGCGAAACAGACAAAAAGAUAGAUAGAGAGAGAGCGAGAGAGAGAGCGAGAGAGAGAGGGAGCGCAUUUAUAGGCAAUAAUUUGUAUACAACCAGUGGAUGAUCUCUAGCGCUCUCGUUGCAUUUACAGCCCCAAAACAGCACAGUCUUAAAAAAUCUUAAGAUCAGAUCAUAAAUCGUUUAAAGAGUAGUAGUAUUCCAUAUGGAAUUAAGAUUCUUUAAAAGGGCAGCAGCCCGAAGUGCGAUUAGACUAGGUGAAUCCAAACCUAGCCAGAGAGUUGUUGUCUGCAGUCUUCCAUGUAGCUCCUCAAAUAUUAUGCCUAAAAAAUAAAUAUAUGCAGUCGAGCUAUUCUAUACAAAAUUACUCUCUUUAUUUGUCCAAUUAGUUUAUUUAUAAUGUACCUUUUGCUGUUCACAAAAUGUCUAAUUAGUUUAUUUAUAAUGUAUCUUUUGCUGUUCAAAAAAUGUUCUGUCACAAAUAUCGAAUAACUUUGAUCAAAACUCGUUGUGUUUGUUGGUGCAAUAUUUGUUUAAUGUCCAAAUUAGUUUAUUUUUCAUAUUCUUCAUUCUGUUUCGUACUUCUUCUUGUCAUUAGCAUCGGGGCCAUAUCCGAAUCUCAGUUUCGAUUGAACCGCAUUGCAUCAUAUAAUAUUAACAAUAACCUACUUAAGAUUCGCAGAAAUCAAUGCAACUUAAGUCCAACUCAAAAUGCGUUUCAAGAAAUUAUCUUAAUCCGGUUUAAGUUAAAAUAUUGGUUGAUUUGAUAAUGAACUUGUUUUCAAUAUCUUAAGUAUGUUAUUCCAAUAGGAGUCUCAGUUCCAACUCUCUCAGCAACGGCAACGGCAACAAACAACAUCAUUUACUUGCGUGUACAUAUACAUAUUUAAUUAAUGCGAAUUCUAAUAUAUAUAUAUAUAUAUAUAUAUAUGUUAUAUAUAUAUUGUUCGGGGAAUUUUGAUCUGUGUAAACGCCAUUUGGUUACUCGAUUUGUGCAUAUACCAAAAUUGUGGCCAGUUUUUCCAAUGUACUUUGAUUACUUUUAAUAUUCAGUAUGCAGUUUAUUAUUUUUUUUAUUUUUAUAUAUAUAAAUAUUAUUUUUUUUUGUAUUGUCGUCCCUAUUAAAUGUGUAAAUAAAUCAAACAAGAAAUUGUAAUAAAAAUUAUAAAAUUUAAAUGAAAAA